GGGCAGCGGGCAGAAAAGGCGCCGGGAAAGCCGAGCCGUGCCCGCCGGAGGAGACGGUGCUGCGCUGCCAGAACCCCGACUGCAGCGGCGAGAGGAGGGCGGCCAAGGUAUGUCACCACGCCGAGUGCCAGCAGCUGAACCGCAGCGGCCCGCUCAGCCUGUGUGAGCUCUGCGACAGCCACCUCCAUGGCGCCAUGCACUUCGACGGCCACAUCCGCUUCGACCUGCCCCCCCAAGGCUCCAUCCUGGCCCGCCACAUGUCGACACGCUCAUGCCCCCCACGCACCAGCCCGGCCUCCGACAUGGAGGAGGAGGAGGAGGGACCUGUGGACAGCAGAGGGGAGCGGAGGAGCUCAGCGCUGAAGCUGCCCAAGAAGAAGGCUCGGCGCAGGCACACGGACGACCCCAGCACGGAGUGCUUCACCCUGAAGUUCGACCUCAGCGUGGACAUCGAGGCAGAGAUUGUUCCAGCUGUGAAGAAGAAGUCCCUGGGGGAGGUGCUGCUGCCGGUCUUCGAGAGGAAGGCGAUCGAGCUGGGCAAGGUGGACAUCUACCUGGACCAGUCCCACACACCACUCUCCCUCCAGUUCGAGGCGUACCGCUUCGGGGGGCACUACCUGCGGGUCAAAGCCAAGCCCGGGGACGAGCUGAAGGUGGAGCAGGCAGCGCGGGACGCCAGGUCGGCCAGCCUGCCCAUCCUGCACCCCGCCAGCACCACCCCGCUCCUCGGGCCAGCCCCGGAGCUGGUGCUGGGGCGCCGGGAGGGCACCGAUAGCCUGGCUCCGGGCCGGCGGAGGAAGAACAUGACGGAGUUCCUGGGGGAUGCCAACAUCCCCAGCCCCGAGCCAGCCCUGCCCGGCGGGGUCUCCGUGCCCACCAACGGCACCGACACCUGGAAGAACCGCGCUGCCAGUCGCUUCAGCGGCUUCUUCGGCUCCGGCACCAGCACCGGCUCCUUCGGGCGGGAGACGGAGAAGCUGGAGCAGCUGGCGAGCAGGCUGCACGCCUACGGCACCUUUGGGCUGCCCAAGCUGCCCCCCCAGCUCCGCUUCGACCGUGACUCCUGGGAGGAGGACGGGGACGAGGCCGGGCUGGCACUGGAGGACAGCUGGCAACAGAUCAUCCGGGGCGCGGAGGCCCUGUCGCGCCGGCAGUGCCACCAGCAGGAAGCCAUCUGGGAGCUGCUGCACACCGAGGCCACCUACAUCCGCAAGCUCAAAGUCAUCACCGACCUCUUCCUCUGCUGCCUGCUGAACCUGCAGGAGUCGGGGCUGCUCUGCGAGGUGGACGCCGAGCGGCUCUUCGGCAACAUCGGGGAGAUCAUCCGGCUGCACCGCGAGCUGUGGCGCAGUGUCAUGGCCCCGGUGCUGGCCAAAGCGCGCCGGACCGGGGCACUGCUCGACCCCAUCGACUUCCUCGACGGCUUCAAGAUGUUCGGCUCCCGCUUCAAGCCCUACGUGCGAUACUGCAUGGAGGAGGAGGGCUGCAUGGAGUACAUGCGGGCACUGCUGCGGGACAGCGAGCUCUUCCGCGCCUACGUGACGUGGGCCGAGAAACACGAGCAGUGCAGCCGCCUGAAGCUGAGUGACAUGCUGGUGAAGCCCCACCAGCGCCUCACCAAGUACCCACUGCUCCUCAAGUCCGUGCUGAAGAAGACGGACGACCCACGUGCCCGCGAUGCCAUCACGACCAUGAUCAGCUCCGUGGAGCACUUCAUCAACCACGUCAACUCGCGGAUGCGGCAGCGGCAGGAGCGGCAGCGCCUGGCAGCCAUCCUCGACCGCAUCGACGCCUACGAGGUGGUGGAGGGCAGCACGGACGAGGUGGACAAGCUGCUGAAGGAGUUCCUGCGGCUGGACCUGACGGCCCCCAUCCCUGGCACCUCCCCGGAGGACACGAGGCAGCUCCUCCUCGAGGGCAGCCUGCGGAUGCGGGAAGGUAAAGACAGCAAGAUGGACGUCUACUGCUUCCUCUUCACCGACCUCUUCCUCAUCACCAAGCCCCUCAAGAAGGCUGAGCGCACCAAGGUGAUCCGGCAGCCCUUGCUGGUGGACAAGGUCGUCUGCCGGGAGCUCAGGGACGCGGGAUCCUUCCUCCUCAUCUACCUGAACGAGCUGGGGAGCGCCGUGGCCGCCUACACCUUCCAGGCCAGCGGGCAGUCGCUGUGCCGCAGCUGGGUCGAGGCGGUGCGCAAUGCCCAGAACCUGCUGCAGCAGCUGCGGCAGCGCCGGCGCCUGGAGGAGGAGGAGGAGGAGGAUGAAGGCGAGAGCGGGACCUCGGCUGCCAGCUCGCCCACCGUCCAGCGCCACGGCAGCGUCAGCCCUGACUCCCAGCGGUGCCCCUCCGACGGCUCUACCGAGACCCUCGCCGUGGUGGCGGUGGACGGCGGUGACGAGCUCUCCUCCCCGGACUGGGACGCGGGGCCUUUCGGCUCGACCUCGGACGGCUCCUCCGUCGGCACCGGCACCUCCAUCAGCACCGGCACCUCCGCCGACACCCCCACCUCCACCGAGACCCCCGCAGGCGCCCUGCCCGUACCCCUGCCCCACACCACGGCCCCCCCGGCCAACGGCUGCCGCUCGGCCUCCAUUGACAGCGCCUACGGCACCCUCUCGCCCACCUCCCUGCGGGACUUCGGCCAGCAGCCCGAGGGGGCAGCCGAGGAGGGGAGGGAGCCCCCCAUGGCACUCCCGACCCCCCGGCCCACCUCACCCCGGCUGCGCCGCCGGACGCCCGUGCAGCUCCUGCCCUGCCCGGCCAGAGUGCUCAAAUCCAAAUCGGAGGCCAACCUGCCCCAACUUCUGCCCCCCGGCCCCCCAGCCCCCCUCAGCCAGAGCCGCAGCCUCUCCGACCUCUCCGCUGAUGAAGCGCUGCUGCCCGGGGGCGGCUUGGCGCCCCCGGGGUGCCACGGCCGUGGGGACGGGCACGGGACGGCGGGCACGGCCGUGGGAGCAGCGGGCACGACGGCGUGGACUUUCGUGGGGACGGGCACGGCCACGAAGCCCGUGGGCACAGCCGCGGUGCAGCGGCGGCGAACUGUGGGUCAGCCACGGGGCUACGGGCAGGACACCGCCACCGGGAGAUCGGUGGUGGCGGCCCCCGGGGGCCAUCCCGGUGCUGGGCGCGGGUUGUCCCGGUUAGACGGGCUCACCGGGACCGCGUUCCGGGCAGGAAGCGGUCCGUGGCUCUGCCCGCCGCCCGGCCCGGCGGUGGGACGCUCCCGGUACCGACGGGGCACCCUCUCCCCGGGGGAAGGUCGGGGGCAGCCGCCCGCUGUCGGGGCUAGGGCCCCACCGUGGAAAGGCCGUGUCUCGGCGGUGACUCAGAGGUACCGCUGGUUGUCGGGGCCCCCAUCUACCGGCAGCUCUCCGCCAGCGGGGCGGCCCGUACGCAGUUUCCAGUCUCGGCGGCGGGUUUAG